UUAACUAAUUAACUUAUUAACUGAUUACCUAAUUAACUUAUAUUGCACUCAGUUAUGGACCACCCCCUGGUGGACUCUAUAACGGAGGUGUCUGGUCUGACUGCGGACCGGGCACGUUACCUCCUCUGCAUGCUGGGUAGUUACCCUCUAGCUCUACUCUUCUCCACUCUCCUCUCUCCUGCACGUGCUAGUCCUACUGUUAGACACUUGUUUCAGCUUACUGCUGGCCUCCUCUUCUGUGUCUUCUGCUUCAGACUUCAGGUGCUGCUACUGCUACUAGAUACUGGAGUAUGUUACCUCCUAAUUCUCUUCUCCCCGCCCCGCCUAGUCCAUCUCACUGUGUUUUGGUGGGCUAUCACUUUCAUGAGUGUUUCUCACAUCUACCGCAUGUACACCGACUACAACGGGUACACACUAGACUUUACCGGUCCGACAAUGAUAAUAACGAUGAAAGUCACUAGUUUGGCGUGUAGUGUGUAUGAUGGGACACACCGCAAACAAGAGGAUCUCAACAACGAUCAGAAAAUAUUAGCUAUCAGACGCACACCAACAGUAAUAGAAUAUAUGAGUUACAUGUUCUGUUUUACCAGUGUACUCAGUGGGCCCACCUUCAACUUACAGGAUUAUCUUAACUUUAUUGAUGGGUCAAAUACUGAACAGGGAAAACCAGUUCCUUCUGGAAUACUUCCCGCAUUGCUGAAAUUUGUGGCGGCUGUCUUCUUCAUAUCCUGGACUUUUGUUAUCCCUGCAGACUGGGAACCUUUCUUUGAUGCUGAAUGGAGGGAAUCACACUCGUUCCUUUACGCUGCUGGCUAUUUGUACCUCAUGUGCUUUAUUACAAGAUGUAACUACUACUUUGCUUGGACACUAGCUGACAGUGUAAGCAACCUCUCUGGAUUUGGAUUUAACGGCUACAAAGAAAAUGGCGGCGCUAAAUGGGACAAGAUAACAAAUGUUUACCCACACAAAACAGAGUGCUCCAGCUCGCUCAAAGUGCUGACAGACAAUUGGAACGUUGGCACUGCAUUGUGGUUACGCAGGGUUUGUUACGAGAGAUCAGUGUAUGCUCCUACAGCAAUGACUUACCUUCUCUCCGCCACUUGGCACGGCUUCUACCCUGGUUACUACGGCUGCUUCAUGAGCGCUACUCUCUUCUUACUGACAUCUAGAAAGUUGAGAAGGGUUGUGAGGCCGAAGUUCCUGGGCUCCACCUCAAUUAAAAUGUUCUACGAUGCAUUAACAACUGUCUGCUCUUUGUUGCUGAUCAACUUCGCUUCUAUUCAACUCUGCCUGUUGAGCUUCGAGCGUAACUACGUUCUGUACAAACACUUCUACUGCCUGCCUCACAUCGUUUGUAUCCUGAUCUACGUUUUCUGUCCCAGUCCUAAACCGAAGAAAGAAUAAUCCGAAAACUGAAUAAUCCGGAAAGUGUCCGGAAACUGCCAUCAGUCUCCAGAAAAAAAAUUAUAUUGAUUUUUGAUUCCAGCAAUAUGUUGCGGCUUAUUACAAUUAUUAUUACAAUUAUAUGUAUUCACUAGGAUUGUGUCAUUUGUGUUAAUUACAUACAAUUAAAGGUUUUAGCUGGUUAAGCGAACAAUUUAGAUUUUACUUCAUAUCAUUAUUACUUCACUCUUAAAGAUCCCCCCCCCCCCCCCCCCCCCAUUAACAUUCAGUCCAUACCUAUUCGCGUCGUUUGGGCAACAUUCCUAGAAAUGGUAGAGAGCGAAUUGUGAGCUUCGUUCUAUGUAGAUUAUUAGU